UUAUGAAUUGGAUGAUAAUGGUUAACAUGAACAACUUUAGAUACAGCAAAUGAAAAGGCAUUCGAUGAUAUUAAAUCUCAUGUCCAUAUUGAAACUCAUAAUGCUAGUAAUCCCCUCAACGCUCUGCAUUCUGACUGUAUGCAAACAACGAUCGAACCACGGUCAAUACUGUACUGUUUGGCACAGUCCUAUUUCUUUCAGGCUCAUUCCUCUCUUUUCUGUGUGCUGUGGUCUAAUACGGGUGUGAUUCCAUAUAUUUCGUAGCAGCUAUGGAGUAGUUAACAGAGAAGAAUUUAGUCUUUGAGAUUAGAUUUUUGAUUGUUCCCAGUUGUUCAGCAGGGGUUUCAAAGCGAGUGGUCUUCAAAGUGUCCGAUUAGGGCUCUUCUUGCCCAGGCGUGAAUCUGAGUUAGCCAUUCAAACUGAGAUCUAAAAUAUGAGCACCAGUGAGAGACAUGGUGAAAUACGGUCAUCUGAGAAACAGUUUUCAGAGGGCGAAAUUUCGUCGGAAGAAGACAGAAAGCGAGAUGAUAGCGAGGAUGAGAAGCAUGUAACAGGCAGGAGAAAUACGCCUAAUGUGGGAGAUCAUACUAGAGGUAGGGUUUCUCAUGAGGAACACAGGAACGAGAGGGAUCGCGGCACAAGGCACCGAACAGACGAUGGCAAAUCCCAUGCUGACAGGAGAGACAGAGAUAGAGACAGAGACAGAGACAGAGACAGGACCCGCGAACAUAAGGGAAGGCAUGCUCGUAGAAGAAGUUUGUCUGUGGAUAGCGAUCAUGAUGGGAUUUCCGACAGAAACCCAACGAAUGACGUUAAUAGGGUUUCGGAGAAAAGCUCCAGAAACGACAAUGAUAACGGCAAAUGGCACCGAUCAGAUGAAGGAAAAUCCCGAGAAAAAGAAAGGUUUGUUGAUUCCGGAGAAGAAAAGAGCAACCGGAAGCUCUUGCACAGAAGUAGGGAUGAAAAACAUUCUGACAGUAAAUUGGAACUCCCUGAUGACAAUGAGGGCAGAACUAAAUCUAGGGAUAAAGAGGCUGAUGGCCACAAGCAUAGGGAUGAACUGGGUAAAGAUAGGGACAGGGACAAGGACAGGGACAGAAACAGGAGAAGACACGAAGAUUCUGACAGGUAUAGAGAAAUGGGGAGAUCUGAGAAGCCGACAGAGAAUUCUCAGCCCAAGAUUGACAGAGGUCGCCACAAAGACAAGCUUGAAGAAAAAGAUGGUUAUGAGAAAUCAAGGUCUCAUAAGGAGACAGGUGACAGAAAUAAGCACGAAUUAAGUGAUAAAGGGGCUUCUGGAAACAAGAGGGACAGAGAGGCAGUGGAAGUGAAAACUUCUGGUGUUGUGUCUGCUCCAUCUCAGAAUGGGAAUGUCGAAGGUGCUGUAAGAGGAGCUGAGAAGGGUGUUGGAAGAAGUGGGGGUGUUUACAUUCCCCCAUUUAAGCUGGCUCAAAUGAUGAAAGAUGUGCAAGACAAGAGCAGUGUGGAAUACCAGCGCAUGACAUGGGAUGCCCUUCGGAAGAGUAUCAAUGGGUUAGUAAACAAGGUAAAUGCAUCUAACAUCAAGAACAUCAUUCCAGAGUUGUUUGCAGAGAAUCUCAUCCGUGGAAGGGGUCUAUUUUGUAGGUCUUGUAUGAAAUCCCAAAUGGCAUCCCCUGGAUUUACAGAUGUUUUUGCUGCGCUUGUUGCUGUGGUAAAUACAAAAUUUCCUGAAGUUGGCAAUCUGCUUUUGCGAAGAAUUAUUUUGCAGCUUAAGAGGGCAUACAAACGCAAUGACAAGCACAUGUUGAUAGCAGCAGCCAAAUUCAUAGCUCAUUUAGUGAAUCAACAAGUUGCACAUGAGAUCAUUGCCUUGGAACUUCUCACCCUUUUACUAGAGAACCCCACAGAUGAUAGUGUAGAGGUUGCUGUUGGGUUCGUGAAAGAAUGUGGUUCUUUGUUGCAAGACCUUUCACCCAAAGGUCUCUAUGGGAUUUUUGAAAGAUUUAGAGGUAUUCUCCAUGAGGGGGAAAUUGACAAACGAGUACAGUUUUUAAUUGAAGGCCUUUUUGCAAUUCGCAAAGCUAAGUUCGAGGGUCAUCCAGCUGUGCGUCCAGAAUUGGACCUUGUAGAGCAAGAAGAUCAGUUAACACAUGAAGUUUUCCUAGAAGAUGAACUUGAUCAAGAAGCUGGUUUGGAUGUUUUCAAGCUAGAUCCUGAUUUCUUAGAGCAUGAGGCAACCUAUGAAAAACUGAAGAAAGAUAUCCUUGGAGAUGCUUCUUCAGAUGAAGCAGAAGGGGAGAAUGAUUCAGGUGACGAUUCAGAUGAUGAUGAUGAUGAUGAAGAGGAAGGUGAGGAAGCACUAAGAAUACAGGAUGAGACAGAGACAAACUUGGUCAAUUUAAGACGCACAAUUUAUUUGACAAUCAUGUCAAGUGUUGAUUUUGAGGAAGCUGGUCAUAAGCUACUAAAGAUCAAGCUUGAACCUGGUCAAGAGAUGGAAUUAUGCAUCAUGCUGUUAGAAUGCUGCAGUCAAGAGAGAACAUACCUUCGUUAUUAUGGUCUUCUUGGGCAAAGAUUCUGUAUGAUCAAUAAAAUUUAUCAGGAAUUUUUUGAUAAGUGUUUUGUACAACAGUAUUCUAUGAUACACAGACUGGAAACAAAUAAACUACGUAAUGUUGCAAAGUUUUUUGCCCACUUACUUGGCACAGAUGCUCUUCCAUGGCAUUGUCUUGCUUAUAUACGUCUGACAGAGGAAGAUACUACUUCCUCUUCCCGUAUUUUUAUAAAGAUUCUCUUCCAGGAGCUGGCAGAGCAGCUUGGUAUAUUGUUGCUUAAUGAAAGGUUGAACGAUCCAACAAUGCAGGAGUCUUUUGAUUCAAUUUUUCCGAAGGACAAUCCCAAAAAUUCACGGUUUGCUAUCAAUUUCUUUACUUCUAUCGGUCUUGGUGGUAUCACUGAGAGUUUACGUGAGUAUUUGAAGAAUAUGCCAAGGCUUAUAAUGCAGCAGCAAAAGUCUAUUCCUGAGUCAGAUGAAUCUAACUCUAAUGACGAUUCUUCUAGUUCAUCAGGUUCGUCAGAUUCUGAUACAUCAGACUCAGAUUCUGAGAGUGAAACUGACAGUGAGAGCAGUAAGGAGUCACCAAGAAAGAAAAAUAAUUCAAAGCAUCACAAUGAGUAUGAAAAAACAAGAAGAAAGAAAAGGCCGAGGGCAUCUGACUCGGAGGAUGAAAGUGACAGUGAUAGUUACAGUGAAAAAAUCAGAAGGAAAAAGAAAAGGAAUUAAAAAUCUUUCUAUUUAGUUAUUCAAGGCUCCAGUAGACACCGUUUUCCUGGACUGUGUCAAACAAAAGAAUCACUCCCAAGUGCUUUGGUUUUAUAAUAGAUGAUUAUAAGAUGCUACAAUGUUGUCUUAUGUAUUUUAAUAGCCACGGGUUUUAGAGUUCUGUACUUGACAGGUAAUGGAUAAACAGUGCUAGGAGGAGAAAAUAUUGAAGGCCAAGUGCAGAUUAUGAUAAUACUAGAUCAAUGAAUCCUGUUAUUUAUUGAGUA